CCAACAACUGCAAGAGAAGUGUAAACAAGUGGGGAGUGAGUGUACGAGAGAGAGAGAGCGAGAGAGGGGAGAGAGAGAGAGGAGAGAGAGAUUACCAGAUUAUAGAGAUCUUCUCUCUGCUGCAACCAGCUGUGGAAGAUUAUAUGAGGAGAGGAGAAGAUUUUAUAAAUAUUUGGUACUAUAUGUGGAUUGUCUUAAAUUGAGGUUGCAGAGCAGUAUCCAUGGCGGCGUUUGCAGGGCAGUGACUUUAAUGCAUCAAAUAAAAACACAGAGAAUUUAAUUGUUUUGAAGAAAGUCAAGAAAAUAAAUUAAGUCUCGAGUUGAGAGCAAAAGCCAGAGCCAAACCAAAAACAUUGUCCACUCCACAUCUUCAUUCCUUCUCUUCUUGCUUAGCUUUGCCCUACUCCACCCAAAAAAUAACCCUCGAAUCCGUCCCUGAAAAGCUGCAAAAAAUACAAAAUCCCAAAAAUAGCAAAACCCCCAUUAAUUAACUCCACAGAUCCAAGCUACCCUUUUCUCCAUAAGAGCGUUCACCAAUUGUGUUUGGUUAUGGAUUCUUUGUGCAGUAAAAUAAAAACAUGUCUGGUUUUUUCACACUAGCUGGGAGAGAUCAAGAGCAAGAAGACCACAAAAACAACAGCAUAGCCAACAGCUUGUUUUUGUUCAGAAACGAAGAGAUCUACGACAAGAAUUUCGAGCUAUGGCAACAAUACUAUCAGCUCCAUCAUCAGCCCAAGCAAACUCACCAAGAUGUGGAUCUCUCGCUCGUGGGAUGCUCUUCAGGUUCUUCUAAUCCAAGACCAUCUACAAUCCACCACAAUAAUCUCAAUGCUUUUACCAUAACCACAGAGGAUGAGCCAUCUUUAGUUUACAAUAGGGUUGCUAAUAAUAACAAUAACAGAUCACCCACAAACUCAUCAUCAGGAUUUGGUGUGAUGAUGAGGCCUUCUGGAGGAAACUACGGGGGAGGAAAUGAUGGUAAUAAUAAUAAUAUGGGGAGUAGCAGUAGCAUUGGAACUAUAAAUUGCCAAGAUUGUGGUAACCAAGCGAAGAAAGACUGUAUGCACAUGAGGUGCAGGACUUGUUGUAAGAGCCGAGGGUUUCAGUGCCAGACCCAUGUCAAGAGCACUUGGGUUCCUGCAGCUAAACGCCGAGAGAAACAACAACAAUUGCUUCUUGGCGGGUCUUUACAGCAGCAGCAAAACUAUCAGCAGCAGAAUCAGCAGCUGAGUUUGAUCAGAGGAGAGUCCACGACUCCUAAAAGGCCAAGGGAAAAUCCACUGGCUUGCACUCGUUUACCCACUCACACAUCAGGGUUAGAAGUGGGUCAUUUCCCGGCGGAGGUGAAUUCUCCGGCGGUGUUUCGUUGCGUGAAAGUGAGUGCCAUGGACGAGGCAGACGAGCAGUUUGCGUACCAAACAGCCGUCAACAUCGGAGGCCAUGUCUUCAAAGGCCUUCUUUACGAUCAAGGCGCGGAAAACAGCAGCCAUCGAUACGGUGUCGUUGGUGAGAGCUCCUCGACUGUGGCUGCCAUUCAGCAGCCACUUAAUCUCAUCACUUCUGGCACCUCCACCGGACCAACCACGACAAACAAUCCGCCCGGGGUCACUUGGAUCGACCCUUCAAUCUAUCCAACUCCGCUCAAUGCUUUCAUGGCUGGUACGCAAUUUUUUCCACCACCAAGAUCUUGAAAAACGAGUCAAGCUUAGCAUGACUAACAAAAUUUUCAUUCGCUCGAGUUUUAAAUACCACUUACAUUACAUGUUUUUAUUACUUAUGAUGAUGUUGUAGUGUUCGUUUAGUAGCUAGCUAGCGCUGCAGAGGCAUUAUGUAUUGGAGAUUAGAUGUUGGUAAUUUUUGAAUAUUUGUUCGAGUUUCCAUUACGAUACUAUGACUAUUAUUUCUUACUCCAGCCGAUGAGUCUCUAAUUGUGCUUUUCCUA